AUGUUGGCAAAGAAAGAAAACAUUCCACAGAAUAGCACGUCAGUGGCUGAAUUCAUCCUCCUUGGUUUUUCUGAUGAGCCCAACUUGCAAGGCAUAUUGUUUUCUACUUUUCUAGUAGUCUAUAUCAUCAUUCUGGCAGGAAAUCUCAUCAUCAUUCUCCUCACCUUGGUUGACCCUGCACUACAAACACCCAUGUAUUUCUUCUUGAGAAACCUGUCCUUCCUGGAGGUCUGUUACACAUCCGUCAAUGUCCCCAAGAUGCUUGAGAAUCUUCUGUCUGGGAACAAGACUAUCUCCUUCCUAGGAUGUGCUGUACAGACCUACUUCACAUUCUUUUUUGGUGGCUCUGAGUGUUUCCUCCUGGCCUCAAUGGCCUACGAUCGCUAUGUUGCCAUUUGUAAGCCUCUGCACUACCAUGUCUUCAUGAACAGGAAUGUGUGCAUGGGUCUAGCUGUGGCAUCUUGGUCAAGUGGAUUUUUUAUGGCCUUUGGUCACACCAGUAUGGUGUUUACCAUGUCCUUUUGUGGUUCCAAUGAGAUCAAUCACUUCUUUUGUGACAUCCCCCCAUUACUGAAAUUGGCUUGUGGGGACACUUCCACAACUGAAAUAGCUGUAUUUGUAGUGGCUGUGAUAUUUAUAACUAUUCCAUUCAUCCUGAUAUUAUUGUCAUAUGCUGGUAUCAUUGUUAUGAUUCUGGGAAUUUCUUCUUCUGAAGGUAGGAAAAAGACCUUCUCCACUUGCUCUUUACAUCUCAUUGCAGUUACUUUAUUCUAUGGUUCUGCUUGUAUUAUGUACUUGAAGCGAAAAUCCACUUACUCACCCAAUACUGACAAGUAUCUGGCUCUCUUUUACACAAUUGUUGGUCCUGUACUGAAUCCUAUGAUAUACAGCUUUCGGAAUAAAGAAGUCAAAGCUGCCCUUAUGAGAAUUUGUGAGAGAAAACCUUUUGGAUGUUCAAACAACAGGAUCAUAGGGUGUAAUAUCCACAAUCGGUAA